AGACUCCACAACUCGACUGGCUGCUCCUCUGAGACGGCAAGAUGCGAGGUUUGUUCUCUGUGACGCUGUUGCUGCUCCUGGCGCUGACGUUUUCCACUGAGGCCAACAAGAGACCCAAAGGGCACAAAGGUGGUAAACAUGAGAAAUCCCGGCCCAUCUCUGAGUGCUCUCCUGCAGAGACUCAGUACGGGAAAUGUGUCCCAGAACAAGGAGACUGUGGAGAAGGUCUGAGAGAGGCCACCUGCAAAGACCGCACCGACAAGAUCCACUGCAAGAUCCCCUGUAACUGGAAGAAGGACAUCAGUGACUGUAAGUACAAGUUCGGCCCCUGGGGGUCCUGUGACACCGCCACCAACACCAAGAGCCGGUCGGGAACGCUGAAGAGGGCGCUGUUCAAUGCCGAGUGUCAGACCACCGUCAAGGUGUCCAAACCCUGCUCCCCCAAAGUCAAGAAAACCCGAGGGGACAAAAAGUCAAACUGAUGGAAGAAGCGAGGCUCAGAAGACGGCGGGAUCUCUUUCUCCUCCUCCAGCCGAACAAUCUUCCUCCUCCUCUUCAUCAAACACAAAAACCGAGAGACUCCUCCAGAAACACCAACCACCUUUGACCCUGCUGUUUUUGUCUGUGUUUGAAGUGUGAAAGCUUUCCCGCCUUAGAUGACGGUGGAAUAAUCCUCCUUAGAGCUCCUAGUUUAACCCUUUGAUUUAGUCCUAAAGUUUGACUCUAGUUUCAGAGAAAUUAACAUCCAGGUGACGCCCGGAAGUUUCUAGAAUGUCAGUGAAUUAACAGCAUGGAUGGAUCCUUAUAAAUCUAUUUUUGGACUGUAGAUGACCCACGUUACAGGAUGACUCUGUACAAAUGAACAAAUUAAAGACUGUACAUUG